AUCAGUAAGAUAACAAUGAACACUAUUACAGUAAACAUCGGCUAUUUGAUUCUUGGGACGACGUUCAGCUGGUCCUCGCCGAUGCUGAUGAAGCUGCAACUGUCCAACGCCGACGCUAGCACAGUAGCCUCGACAAUCUCUCUGGGAGGAAUGCUUGGACCCUUCGUCUCGGGCGUUGUGUUGGACAGGUUGGGCCGCAAGGGCACCACGGCACUCUCUGUAGGAUUGGUCACCGCAUCCUACUUGCUUCUCACCGUAGGUGGAAGUAUCCUCGUCUUGGCAGCAGGGAGGUUCUUGGCUGGGAUCUCCUUUGGCAUUAUCUUCUCAGCUGUACCCAUGUACAUCGCCGAGAUCUCCGAGGACUCUGUUCGAGGUGUUCUUAAUACCAUAAGUAUGAUCUCGAUCGCGUCAGGAAGUCUUGUGAUGUUUGCUGUCGGUCCGCUGGUCAGCUACGAACUUAUCCACUACAUGAUGCUUGGCCUCUGUGUUCUCUUCUUCUUGCUCUUCCCUAUCCUGCCGGAGUCUCCCUACUAUCUGACCAAGACGAACCAGACCAAAAGAGCAACAGACGUCCUCUCUUGGCUUCGGGAGGGCAGGACAGCAUCUUGCGUCGAGAAGGAGAUUCAAUUUAUAAAGAAAACAAUAAUGGAGCAAGAAGAGCAGAAGGGCUCGGUGAUGACACUGUUCGCCUUACCUGGGAACCGCCGAGCCUUCACGAUCUGCUGCACGUUGGUCUCCUUGCAGCAACUCACUGGCAUCACGAUGAUACUCUUCUAUCUACAGAAGAUCUUCGAGAUGACAGGAACAGCCAUCUCCAGCAGCACUUGCUCCGUUAUAGUCGGCAUCACAAAGUUUGGGGCGGCAUUCCUGUGUCCUGUGGGCGUCAAGUACUUCGGCUACAAAACACCGAUGAUGGCUUCGAUCUUCGGUUCAGCUCUUGGAAUGGGAGGUCUAAGUGUAUUCUUCUUCUUGCAAUCCUACAAUGUCGACAUCAGUUCACUUAGUUGGCUACCCCUCCUCAGCGUCAUCACUUACAUUCUAUCUUUCAUAUCAGGAUUUGGCAACAUCCCGUGGGCAUUGACAGGAGAGCUGUUCCCCAGCAACGUGAAGUCCAUAGCGACAUGCCUCAUUACUGCCUUGAGUUCCAUACUGAUGUUUGCAACGGGAAAACUGUUCCCCGACCUCAUCCAACUGAUCGGUACAGACUGUCUGUUCCUCGCGUGCUCUGUGUUCUGCGGCAUCUCCCUGGCUUACGUCGCAGUCUGUGUGGAGGAGACGAGUGGCCUGUCCCUCGUGCAGAUCCAGGAACUACUCUCUGGCAAGAAAAGGGAAGAUCUGCUACUGGAGCAGCCGAAAUGAUUUAUAAAUCGGGGUAUUCUGGAACGUUUAGGAUAAUAGACGAAAAAGUAAUGAAAUAUUUAUAACUAAUGAUGAAAACAUUGAUUUAGUAUAGUACAACGAGUGCUAGGGAAAUCAAGCCGUAAUAUUUUGUUUAGUCUCUCUGUGUUUCAAAAGUUGUGUUGAAAUCCUACUCUAAAUGUAAAGAAAACUAAACUCGAGACCUCAAAAUGUACAGAUUCAUUUUUCAAUGUUCAACGUUACAAAGAAACGGCUUGAUACUUUUGACAUCAAUACCAGAACUCGCCGCUCGGAAACUGUGUUCUUUAAGCACUCUUGAAAUCCAAAUAGUAUUACACAUUUUUAACAAGCCAAGUACAGCUUCCUAUCCAUAUAUCUAUUAGAAUGCAGAGAUCCGGAUCUGGUGUUGUAGAGUGUGGUAAAAUAUUAUUUUACCUUAUAUUACCAUAUACUAUAUUACCUCAGACCCAAAAGACAAUCUCGGCCACCUCUCCAAUGACGUUUCUAAUGGAAAUUGUGAGUUUCCAUACCCGAUUUCGACUCAGAAAGUCUGAUAAUUUUUAAUUUUGGAGCCUAGAUGAAUUGUUAGCCAUUUAGAAAUUUCUAUUCGUCGUACUUCUUUAGACAAGCUCUAACAAAUUUUUCUUUUUAUAACACUUCCUUAGAGACGAGCUCUACUUCCGGUUCACGAAUAACACCAGAGGUGCAUACAGGUGAUGUGUCCAAUAACUAUCAGCACGAUGACUCGAUACACUAGAAUUAAAACAUACGUAGGCCUUACGAUGUAUUGAUUUCGACAAAAAAUUGGAUUUCGAAAUAACAGUCUACAACAACAUAUUUUCUAAUUUAUUCAACUCCAAGAAGAACCAUUAAAUUAUAUUUUAUAACAAA